AUGGACUUUUUCCAGCUUCUUCACGACGGCGUCCCACUAGGCAUUGGCUCGCCUAUACCGUCAUGCAAAGUUCUGUUUCCGCCCGACUCCACGCAAAAACAGGUCGUCCCUCUGCAGCAUUGCGGCUCCGCCUGGACGUCUGCCCUAGACCACGCUGACCUAGUCGAUGAGCUGCUGGAAACCGAGCUCCGUGAAGGUUGGAUCCGUCCGGUUCCAGGUGGUGACGCGGAACUCACCCGUCGCUAUCGCAAACGGCCGUCGGAAAGCUGGGCACCCAAUCCGUCUCUUGCAGACGUUCGCAAAUGCCUUCCUCUUUGCCCGGCCAAUGAGUCCCUUGCUGCGCUGGUCCUGGACGUGUCAAAAGCACACCGUCGCAUCCGCAUUAAGCCGUCCGACCAGGGCCUGCUAUGCUUUAGGCGUCGAGAUACCCUGUAUCAAUCUGUCACACUCAACUUUGGUGCCCGUGCCUCCGGUUUCUACUGGAACCGCGUUGCUGGUUUGCUCGUGCGCCUUACACGCCGCCUGUGGCGUGUCCGCCAUUCCGCCAAGAUAUAUGUAGACGACCUUUUGGCCAUUCUUUUGCGAUCGUCCGCCCCUCUGCUAUCUGCGCUCCUGGUCGUCCUUCUGUGCGUACUGCGCGUUCCAAUGAGCUGGCGCAAAGCCGCUCUGUCCGCCAAAGUCACAUGGAUCGGCUGGUCCUUUGAUUUUGACACAUUCACGGCAAUUCACGGUCGAGCUCGACCCGUCCAA